AAAUCCAGAACUCUCCACGCCUCUUUUGUAGUUUUCUUCCCUUGUCGACCCUCGCUACCAACACGUCAUCCGACUCGUGGUCCUAUCCCAGUGUUCAAUGCAAUAUUGAAGGUGAAAGUUGAGAAGUACAUUUUGAAAGAUGGCAGCCGGCGAGCUGAAGUGUUGGCAGUAAAUUAGAUGGCAUUCACAGAGUAGAUUUCUUAGCGGCGGUCCCUUUAAGAAUUGGAAUGCGGCGCUCUGUAUGAAUUGCUGAGGAUUAGAAAAAAACAUUUUUCACGGAGUGUAUUAUGGCAGUAGUGUACGAGUUCGUGUGGCGGAUGCUGCAUGCCCUGCUACACCUCCAGCGAACGCUUCUGUCCUGGUUCCGAAUCCGCAUUUGGAACUGGACCUGGCGUCUUUGGAGACGCGCAGUGGCGGCGGUCCUAGUGCCGGCAGUUUUUGGAUUUCAGAACCACCCGCACAAUAACAAGAAACUGGUACCGACAGGCUGCAAGAAGAGCUGCUGCAGGGUCCUCUGGAAAUCAGAUGGCAAGUCCCUUGAAAAGCUUCCGCUUCACAUAGGCUUGCUGAUAGCUGAAGAGGAGCCCCGGUACACAGAUAUAGCCAACCUGGUGGUCUGGUGCAUGGCAGUGGGCAUCUCCUAUGUUAGUGUCUACGAUAAUCAAGGUAUCUUCAGGAGAAACAACUCCAGACUCAUGGAUGAAAUCCUGAAACAGCAGCAGGAGCUCCUAGGCCUUGACUCCUUGAAAUACUCAGUUGAGUUUUUAAAUAACAGUAACGACAAACCAGAACAGCAAGGUUUAUCGUGUCAAGCCACAGUUAAAGUGUUGUCUCCGGACGAUGGGAAAUCAGGCAUAGUGACAGCUGCUCAGAAGUUCUGCCAGUUAGUGGAACAGCAACAAAAAAGGUCCACAGACUUGGAUGUAAAUAUGCUGGACAGUUUGCUUAGAGGUACGAAAGGAAUGCCAGAUCCUGAUUUAGUGAUGAAGUUCGGCACUGUGGACAGUACAUUAGGAUUCCUUCCAUGGCACAUCAGACUAACAGAGAUUAUUUCUUUGCCCUCUCACAUUAACAUCACAUACGAGCACUUUUUCAGUGCCCUGAAGUGCUACGCUGGCUGUGAACAACGUCUAGGAAAGUGACACCUCAGAGUGGACUGAAAACCACGCCACGGUACAUGAAAAGGGACCUGCCAUUUCUUGAUGCUUACUAGAACCCGACAACACAAACACAACACCAGUUUGCCAUUAUUUCCAUUUUUUAUUUUAAUUUAUCAAGGUUAAUAAAAGCAUCUUAUUACCUCUGAAUGGCUAGCUCAGCAUGUGUCUUUAAGGGUCUGAAAUGUAGGUGCAAAAGUUAAGUCUCAAUUUAGAAGGAGCAAAGACCCUUAAAGGGAAAGUCUCAUAUGUAAAACUAUCAACUACCAGGGACAUGUGGAUUAGCAGUGUGGUGUAUAAACGUUAUUUUAUGAGUGAUCCAAGGAUUUCAAACCAAAUCAAUUAUCAGUCUGUUGUUUUGGCACUUCUUUUUUUAAGUAGAUAUAACAUUCUCCAGGGGUGAUAUUACAAAACCGAAACUUCUUGUUUAAAAAAAACAAAAAAAAAAACAAGGUACUGUCUGUGCAGUGUGGUUUCUCGUGGUUUCUGUAAAUAGCAUUGGGCUACAUGAGUCACUGUAAAAUGGUACAAUUUACAGCAGAAUCCUGUUUUAAGGCACAUAACCGGGUACAAUUGAAAUCACUAAGUACCUACAGGUUAUGAAAUUAAAUCCCAGUAUUGGCUGGCUUAUUUCUUCAAAGAAACCACAACCUGAAAAUGUUAGGAAAUUCAAUUCGAUGAUGGCUUAUUUACUUAAUGUUAUAAAACCUGCCUGCGGUUAGGUGGAAUAUAAUGUUUUAUGUGGUGCAAGAGUCUAGGAGUAGUUCCUUGUGAUAAACUUGUUAUUUGUAACAAAUCCCUCUGCACUAGAAGCAGUCAUUAGCAGAUAUUUUUACCAGCCACAGACCCUUUCAAAAAGAGUAGCUAGGAAGUAAAGCAAGACAUGUUCACUUCGUGGUUUGCGCUGAGGGCUGGGAGCCAGGCAGUCCUGGUUUCUUAUCCUAGUUCAGUCACUGAUGUACCACCAGUGCUGGGUGCAUGACAGGUAUAUGCUAUGUGCCUAAUUCUACAAAACCAAAUUUAAAGUAUUAUAGUCUUUCGCAGGAAGAUGUUUUAUCUUUACACAAUGAACUAGGAUUAAUAAGAAAUCUGAAUUACUGACAUUUCCUCAAUCUGCAUAAACCAGAAAAAAAAAAAAAAAAGAGCUUUUGGAAGAUGGUUAAUUAGAAAGCACCACACAAAGACCAAGCAGCUUCAAAUUCCAUUUUAAUUGCAGAAUAAUUACAAAUAUCAUGAAAUACCAAAUAAGGGGAAUUUAAAAAAGCUGUAAAAAUGUUAUGCUACUUUCUCUUUAAAUAUUGUAGCAUUUCAAAAUAAUAUACUGGUUAUUGGAAAAAAAAAAACAGUCUUCGAUUAUUCAAUGAGCUAUUAGAGCUACGGUUUUCUUGUAUUGUUAUUUUAAGAGCUUUUAUUAAGAGCUUUUAUAAAGGUGGCCCUUGGAUUUUUUUUUUUUAAUGACUAGCACUGUGUUUUCAUUGCACUGAUUAAAAUCUAUCGGGUCAGCUGAUGUGUUUUUUUGGGGUUUUUUUUUUAAUCAGUGGUGUCUUUUUGUAACAGAUGUUUUAGUUUCUCUUUUCUGCUAGUAACAGUUGAUAGUGACAGCGAAUGUCAGUUUGUACACCAUGCUUCUAACCCUGGAUUUUUAAUAUACUGAUUCCAGUAAGGAACUCCCUGGGACUGAUUCAGUAAAUAUAGAUAUAUUUUAACCCUGAUUUCACCGCCACUUUUUACAGUCACAUAUUGCACAUGGCUUUCCAUCUGAAAGUGUAGCACUUGAACUGUACAAAAGUAAAAUAACCACACUGCACUCGGUAUACUGUUGAUGGAAACGUUCACAUUUAUUCAGAGGUUGUUAGAAGUUAUUAUUUUUAGUUGCUGUUUGGUGGUGAUAAUCAAUUUUUCUAAAGAUGAAGGGUCAGGGUUAUAUAAAGCAAUCAACUAACUAUAAAUGUGAGUGAGUGUAGACACACUGUCCCCAGAACAUCGAGUAAAGAUGGGUUUCUGUGUGCUUGUUUUGGUUCAAGCAAAAUACCAGUCUCUAAGGCACAUUUAAAAAAAUAUAUAAUAAAAGGUUCCAUGUAAACAUUACUUGCACUGUAGAAUUGCUGUGCAUUGUAUACACUGUGCAAAGGUUUGGUCAUGUCCAGUGGCAAAUUGCAAAAACUACUACAGCAGCGAACGUCCAGAUAUCAGAAAACGUCCUGGCUUAAAGAGCAUAUGCACUAAGCUACUGUAUAUCUUGUCUGUUUUGUAAAGUGAAAAUUACUAGCUGUUGUACAGUAUGCCGUUGUUGAAGCACAGAUAUGACCAGAGAUGAGAAAACCCAUCUUUAGCUUCAGAACAAACUUCAGAUAGAUUAUGCAAUAUUUUUUUGAAGGAAUGUACUGAAGUAAAAGCAACACUUACUUGAGCUAGUUUUUUUUUGUAUUUAUUUUUUAAGAAUUGUUUUGUACAUUUCAGAAAUUUGUUUGGGUACUGUAUGUGACUGAUUUCUCCUUGUUUUUAUAUGGACAGUCACACACUAUGUCUAGUAAUUGUGUUACUGUUGAAAAAUACCUCAGAUACAGUAAUUGUCAUCAAAUAAGUCUCACAUUUUUGUUAAGACUUUCAUUCAGGAAAAGCUUUUCCUAAAAUAACAAAGCUUGCGUGUACACAUAUGCAGUGUACUGUAUUUGCAUUUCUGCCUUCACCGUUCAAAUUAUGGAAGUAUGAUAUUUAUUCACUGUAAAAACUGAUCACCACCACACAUGGCCAAAAGCUUGUUGCUACUAAUUAUCAGCACAAUUGGUUUCUGAAAAGGGGAACAACACUAAUUACUGUACAAUUCUAAGUAAGACCAUAAAUGCCUUGAGCGUCUUUUCUGAUUGGGUACAUUUUGUUUGGUGCACAUUUAUGCAGAAAAUCCUCAUCUAAUGACUAUUUGUAGUAAAGAGCUUAUAAUUUAUAGUAAGCAUGUAGCUAUUUUAUUUAAUUUUGCUUCAGGUGAAUUAUUAUUAUUAUUAUUUUUUUUUUAUUCUUUUUUUUCGGAAGACCAUCACACCUAUUCACAAACUCUGAGGUCUGUUGCUGGUUAAAGGAUCCUUCCUGUUCUUCACACCCACCCUCUAUGCUUCACACACACUCUAAUCAUUGGUCACUGCGCCUCCCCUUUAAAUGGCAGUAAAGUUAUUCUUACUACAUAUAAAUGCUAAGCAAUCAGAGACCAGGUUUACCAGAUACUUGGAGAUGGAUUAGAUCAUUAAGGAUUUCACUACUGAACUGAAAUUCUGUUUGUUCUUUCUCACUUGUGGUUGAGAAAACAUUGCUUCAUGGUGCACCUAACGAGAUUUACAUUUUUACAGCUCUAUCCAAGAGUGUGGUUGCUAUCGGAGCUUACAUUCUAGCGUUUUAAAGCUCGCCCAUCUUGCCACAUUGCUUUCUGGCUUGGUAUUUUUCAGUUGCUAAGUGGGAACCCAAAGUUGAUUCUAGAACUGCAGGAUUUUGUGAGCACUGCAUCGAAUAUGCAAAACACGUUUCAUAACGGGUUAACAUUCACAAAUACAUAACUCAUUUAACUUUUUGGGGUUUUUUUAUAUUGAAACACCAAAGAAGUCACCUUUCGGUUUCGCUUUUAUUUAAAAUGACCCAAAACUCUAAAAUCUCCUGAGAAAUUUUGAUGGACUACAGUUACAGAAAGAAAAACGUAAUAAUGUAUUACAAUGGAGGCCUGGAUCUGCAGUAACCAGGCACAAACAAGAAACAAUACUGGUUGGUUGGUGGUUUGACACAACAUCUUAGCUGCCUGCAUUGCUCAUCAGUCUUCUUGCUCUUUGUUGUAGUGAUUCCUUGCAUACAAAUAGGUAGAUGCUAAUGAUACAAGCUAUUUUUGGUUGGUUUUGCAAGGUGGAGGAGGCAUCAUCAGAGAUUGGAUGUUGCAAACAGUGCCAAAUACACUGUGAAAACCAGCAGUGCUCUAUGAAUGUGUGUUUUUUCCUUUGUUCUUGAUUAGCUCUUAUGUAAAAUGUAACUAUACAGUGGUGUACAGUGUGUAGAUCUGACAAGCUGCUGGCUUUCUGUAUCGUUGUAGUAGUUGGCUAUUGUAAAUAAUGUGCAAAACAAGUUUUUACAAAUCAGGAAUCGACAACUUGGAUUUUAUUUAAGAAAUAAAUAAACAAAAAGUUGACAACAUGUACCUGUGAACUAUUAUUAUAAAUGAAGACAUACAUGAUAAAUAAAUCGAUCUUUUGAGAAA